GUCUGCUGCUUCGCUGUCCUGGUCGCACUGAUCUUUUCAGCUGUGGACAUCAUGGGAGAGGAUGAGGACGGACUCUCAGAGAAGAAUUGCCAAAAUAAAUGUCGGUAAGAGAAUUGCUCUUGUGGAAAACAUUCCUGAAGGCCUUAACUACUCUGAAGAUGCCCCAUUUCACUUACCGCUUUUCCAAGGCUGGAUGAACUUACUCAACAUGGCCAAAAAGUCUGUUGACAUAGUGUCUUCCCAUUGGGACCUCAACCACACCCAUCCAUCCGCAUGUCAGGGUCAACGUCUCUUUGAGAAAUUGCUCCAGCUGACGUCGCAAAAUAUUGAAGUCAAGCUGGUGAGCGACGUGACUGCAGAUUCAAAGGUAUUAGAAGCCUUGAAGUUAAAGGGUGCUGAGGUGACAUACAUGAACAUGACCGCCUACAACAAGGGCCGGCUGCAGUCAUCCUUCUGGAUUGUGGACAAACAACAUGUGUACAUCGGCAGUGCAGGUUUAGACUGGCGAUCACUUGGACAGAUGAAAGAACUCGGUGUCAUCUUCUACAACUGCAGCUGCCUGGUCCUAGAUUUACAAAGGAUAUUUGCUUUAUACAGCUCAUUAAAAUUCAAGAGCAGAGUACCUCAGACCUGGUCCAAGAGGCUCUAUGGAGUCUAUGACAAUGAAAAGAAGCUUCAGCUCCAAUUGAAUGAAACCAAGUCGCAGGCCUUUGUGUCGAACUCUCCCAAACUCUUUUGCCCUAAAAACAGAAGCUUUGACAUCGAUGCCAUCUACAGUGUGAUUGAUGAUGCCAAACAGUAUGUGUACAUUGCCGUCACAGACUACCUGCCUAUCUCCAGCACAAGCACCAAAAGGACAUAUUGGCCAGAUUUAGAUGGGAAAAUAAGAGAAGCAUUAGUUUUACGAAGCGUUAAAGUCCGGCUGCUCAUAAGCUUCUGGAAGGAGACUGAUCCCCUCACAUUUAACUUCAUCUCGUCUCUUAAAGCUAUUUGCACUGAAGUAGCCAACUGCAGCUUGAAAGUUAAAUUUUUUGAUCUGGAAAGAGAGAACGCUUGUGCAACAAAAGAACAAAAGAACCAGACCUUUCCCAAAUUAAACCGCAACAAGUACAUGGUGACAGAUGGAGCAGCUUACAUUGGAAAUUUUGACUGGGUAGGGAAUGAGUUUACCCAGAAUGCUGGCACGGGCCUUGUCAUCAACCAGGCAGACGUGAGAGACAACAGGAGCAUCAUUAAGCAACUUAAAGAUGUGUUUGAGAGGGACUGGUAUUCGCCUUAUGCCAAAUCCAUACAGCCAACCAAACAGCCGAACUGUUCAAGCCUGUCCAAACUCAAGUCUCUUUCCAACCAACCUGCCAUUUCCAAUGCCACGGGGAGGGAGCCCUGAGUGUAUAGCUCACUAAAAGACACGCAAGGCUUCAGACCAAACACAGGGAGGACUAGAGGAAAUGAUUUACUACAUCUUUUCUUUUUAAAAGAGAUUAAAAAGCACACUUAUUAAAAAACGUUCUCUGAAUGACAUGUAAUAUCUAGCUAACAACAUCUUAGCAUCGUGUAUUAAAUUUAAAACUUUUGUAUCUAUGAGCUCUGACAGAGAAUGUUGUUCUGGCAUAGGAGUUAGUUUUUAAUGACUGCAAACACAUUUUACAACUUGGUUCUUGUCUCCUGAUUCUUACUGGUUUUAGAACCUUUUCUGCUGACCUACCUGCACUGGUUGUAAGAAGCAUAGCAUGAAGUGAGCCCUUUCCUUUAAUAUUGCUGAAUUCUGGAAUUAGAGGAAGGGGGGAGAGACACAGACAGAACCAAGCAUCUGCCCUGAUAGAUCAACUCUAAGACCUAGCCAGGCAGCUGAGUACAGGCACCUCCAUUUCAUGCUAGCCAUCAAGACUCCUGAGAAACCCUCGUGUCUGUCCCCUUGUUCCUUGUCUUUUGAUACCAGAGUUUUUGGAGUUAUCAGUCUGUUUUCUGACAAACAUGUUCUGGUUUUACAUUGGCCCUGGAUUCACCUCAGCACUUGCUCAGAGAGUGAUAAUGUCUUAGGGAACAGUUUGAAUUCCCAGAAUGUAUACAAAAUGGAAAUCAGUUUUUCACUUUCUCCUCCCAAUCACAUUUUUCCCAUCCCAAAUUGAUUAUUUUUAAAAACCACAGUCUUCUCUCUCUCUCUCUCUC